AUGCAGUCAUCAGCUCCCCUAUAUCGAGUCCUCAUAUCUGUAACGCUCUGCGUAAUAUUGGGACUACCUGCAGCACUUGGAUUAUCGCAAGAAGAAAGAAUAUGGUCACCCAAAUUGGUGAAAGAAACACUUGAUAACUGGUCCGAGAAGUAUCCACAACUUUUCCGUACGGCAUCAGUGCAAGAGAAAUACAGUAUCCCACAUGCAGGAAAUGUCACGGAUUGCUCGUAUGAUGAAAACGAUGGCUGUAGCCAAUAUUUCUUCACAGUCCAAGACUUCAUUAGACAUCCUGAAGGGUCUCGAUCUUCGGCGCACCUACCAGAAGUGUUUUGGAGCGGCACAUUACACGGAGAUGAAAUAGAAGGACCGUCUGUUGUAAUGGAAGCUACUAAAAUGCUCCUCGAAUCGGCGGCAUGCGAAGCAACUCCAGGUCCGAACCCCUCUGCUUCGGAUAUUCAAGCAGCCAAAGCUUGUAGAAUCGGGCUUGGAGAACGUGGCAUAAGUGAUGCAAGAAGGCAAUGGCUAGCUCGAUUAGCUGCUACAAGAAGGGUAGUAGUACUUCCCAGUGCCAAUGCUCUUGGAUAUAGCUCUGGUACACGUGACGAAGAUGGUAUUGACCCCGCUCGAGACUUUCCAUAUGCGGUUGGAUCGGAAUCAACAGAAUGCAUGCAAUCAACAGCUUCAAGAGCGAUCAACGAAAUUUUCAGGGACCAUAUGUUUCAAAUUGCUCUUUCGUUUUACAGUGGAAGCGGGGCGAUCGGCUUCUCAUGGAGAGGCGAACAAUACACUGCUCCCGACAAGCAGACGCAGAUCCAAAUUGCAAAAGCGCUUGGUUCAACUGCAGUAGACGGAGAACUAAUUUACGAAGGGGCAAGGCCAAACACUUUCUUUGAAAAUGGGGAUACUCUUGUUGAUUAUGUUACCACACGGGGUCCAAGUGAACUUCGAGGCUAUCAGGGUUCGUUUGAAGACUGGGCAUACGCUGGAUCUUGGGGAAAAAACACUAGCACUUGCUCUCCUCAAACUUACGGUGGCUACCUACCCGAGAAAACGCAAUACAACAAUUCUACGAAUCGUGCGUUGGCUUUGAUGACAUCAAUCAACAAAGCAACUAUCGAAAAGUCGAUGGCAUCCAAUGUAAACUUGGCGUUGGCUUCACUGGACCUCGUCCAACCGUACGUGAAUGUUUUUGGAGUGAACAAUCUCGCCCUCGCCGAUGAUAUAGUUCCGAUGAAUGAAGCAAUGUCAAGCUCAUGCCUUAAAACGAGAAGUGUUGUUUCAUCGGCAAGAGGCGAUUCAUUGGCUAUCGAAUGGACAGUAGGAGGGUCGCUUUACAUUGACUACACAGAUCUGUUCUAUGCCGUCAACUUGAGCGAAGACGAAGAGCAGGCGCUAGAUUGCCUAACGCAACCAGAUGAUGUUGAUCUAAGCAAUUUUGUACAAGCUACGUCCGACAGCAAAUCAGGUGGAAGCGGUCUCUAUUCGGAGCCUGGUGCAGAUCCAAGUCCUGACAGUUCGAGGACAAAGAAGGGGGACGUGCUGGGUCCUGUUUUCAAAGCUGAGAUUGACAUCAAGGAUAUGAAAGCUGGAGAUCGAAUUGUCAUAAUUGCCUCGGCCAGGGUUGAUCAAAACUGGAACCUUCCGCAUGCCCCAAAUGUGAUAGUACCAAGUCCCGAAAGUCACCUAGCCAACGCCCGAACCAACCCAGACUGGAAUCACCUUCACAAUGGUAAGAGAAUCAGGGGUAGAAUCAACUGGUUUUCAAUACCAUUGGCAGUUGUUCUCGAAGAUUUCGACAAUAGCCUUGGAACUCUCGAGAUGGAGAAUCGGUUUAGCCAGAGCACUGAUUCUGAUACUGAAAAAGUGCAAGACCAAGAAGAAGCAACGCAAGAGCCCCUGCAGAAGAAACCAAAGAUCGACGAACAAGUGCAUGGGGAUACAGAAGAAUACACCAUCGCUUCAAAGAUAAAUGAAAACGUUGCCUCGAGGCUUAUUUGGCACUCGCUAACAACCCUCGUUCUCUUUCUUGUCUUGAUUGUACUGAUUUAUCAAGCCAAAAAAAGAAAACUGAUGGAUCAAAUGCAGAGUGUGAUGCAUGCGCAAAGAAGCGCUGAAGAACGAGCAGACCCACACAGUCCAAAUGAAGAGGAGAUCAUUGAGUUUGGUAACAUUGGAAUCUAUAACAAGAAAAUCAACCGCACAACUGCCCGGAGUGACCAUUUGGCAAAUUACGAAUGUGAAGUUGUUGGUGAUAUCGAGGAUGACACCAUCGGAAUCUACAGGGAGAAGAGGAGCAAACGAACGACUCUUAGCAUCGACCGUUUUACCGAUGCUGACUCUGCGGUUGUAGGCGAUGUAGAGAAUGACACCGUCGGAAUCGAAAAGGCAAGGAGCAAACGCGCACCUGUCAGUCUUGACCAUUUUAUAGGAGAUUAUGACUCUGCAGUUAUUGGAGACAUUGAGGAUGAUACCAGCAGAAUCUAUGAGAAGAAGCAGAGCAAACGCACACCUGUUAGCAUGGACCAUUUCAUAGAUUAUGACUCUGCACUUGUUGGCGACAUUGACAACGAUGAAAACCAUGUCACUGAAGUUGUGGGCGAUAUCGAAGACGAUGAUUCGGAUUUUGAUUCAGACGGUGCUUCCGAUGGUGAUUCGAAUGAUGAUUCGGAUGAUGAUGAUGAUCACUGGGAUGAUGAGUAUGCCCCGGCAGCGACUCUAUACGCCCCACCAUCACCAACACGAUAUUCUUCACAAUCGAUGCCAUAUACCUCACCAGAAGAUUUGGACGACGUAUACAUCGCAUAG